UUAAAUUAAAGUAAAUUAAAGAAGGCACAUGAGGGACUACUAAAUAAGAGUAUGUAUAUGGAUAUGAUCAAAAUAUUUGUAACAAGCUAGCUAGCUAGAGAAACAAAUAGAUAAAGUGUCAACAUUGAGAUGGUGAGUUUGAAAAACACAUUGUCAAUGAGGGUGUUGAUUGUGGUGUUAAUAGUAGUAUCAACAAGUUGGUGGUGGAGACACACGAUGGGGGAUGAACAGCCGCAACAAGAAGAAUGUGCAACCGUGAAGGCACUCAUCUCAGCUUGCUCAAGUUUUGUUAUGUACGGAUUGCCAGACCCCAUCCCAGGAUCCCCUUGUUGUGUUGCCAUGCUCAGCCUAAGCAACCUGGCUGACUCCACGGACAACCGCCAGAACGUUUGCCGAUGUAUGAUGGAUCUCAUCACCACCUACAACCCCAAUGCCACUUCCAUUGCUACUUUGCCAGGCUUUUGUGGCGUCUCUCUUGGAUUCAUCAUUGAUCCUAACACCGACUGUGAAUAUAUUGGAUGAAUGUACCGACCAGUAAACUUUUUGAGAUCGUUAAAGCCAAAGGUUGCAACUUUCAAGAUGCGGCUAGCGCUUGCCUGGAUCCAAAAUAAGUUAAUCUAUUAAUUCUGAUCAUGCAUAAACCGAACGACAACACAAGUGUACCGGUACAAACCAAAUAGAUGAUGAUCUUACAUAUGUAUUGUAUUCUUAACUUAUUGAAUGUAUGCAUAUGCAAUUGAAUGCUUGUUUCUUAAGAGAGCCAAUUCAAAGAGCUUGAUUACACACACA